CAGGUUGACCCUCCCUAACCCUGCGGUUUGAGUGGUUUCAUCCCCACGAGGGGAGGAUAAUCCUCCCUGGACCCAGUUUAACGUGGGGAUUCCCCAGGCAUAAGUUGCGGCUGGGUUUGGCUGUUCCACACCCCGGAGUCUGCCUGGCCUCUGUCAACAGCAUUUCUUUUCCCCUCAUAAAUUCCGGGGGAAUGUUCUCAUCUUCAGAGGGGGACCUGGAGACUCAUCCCGUGUAAGCUGACCCUGUACCCUGCCAGCCUGGGGACGAUGGGCCAGGCUGGGGGUGACCACAUGCCUUGCAGGUGCUCGCAGGACGCGCUGUGUGCUGAGGCCGGCACGGAGACAUGAGUGGCAGCACGAGCCAGCGCGCCGCCGCCCUGGGGGUCCUCUUUGCCCUGAUCAUGUUGCUGAUCAUCUACAGCUCCGGCAAUGGGAGCGAGGUCUUCCCCUACAGCCGCCUGCGGGGCAGAGCCCGCCGGCCCCCCGACCUCAAGAAGUGGGGGGUGAAAAGCGGGUACCUGCCUGUCUGCGGGAACAAGACCCUGACUGCCCGCUGCCACCAAUGCGUCAUUGUCACCAGCUCCAGCCACCUCCUGGGCACCCACCUGGGCACGGCCAUCGACGGGGCUGAGUGCACCAUCCGCAUGAACGAUGCUCCCACCACGGGCUACAGUGCUGAUGUGGGCAACAAGACCAGUUUCCGCGUGGUGGCCCACUCCAGCCUCUACCGUGUCCUCAAGCGGCCCCAAGAGUUCGUCAACAAGACCCCAGAGACCAUCUUCAUCUUCUGGGGGCCGCCCACCAAGAUGCAGAAGAGCCUCCUGAAGAUCAUCCAGCGCGUCUGCGCCUCGUUCCCCAACAUGACAGCCUACGUUGUCUCCCCCGGCCGCAUGAAGCAGUUUGAUGACUUGUUUCGGGGAGAGACAGGGAAGGACAGGGAGAAGUCUCGCUCGUGGCUCAGCACUGGCUGGUUCACCAUGGUGAUCGCGGUGGAGCUGUGCGACGCCAUCCACGUCUAUGGCAUGGUGCCACCCAGCUACUGCGGCCGCCACCCCCCGCCCCGCCGCCUGCCCUACCACUACUACGAGCCCAAGGGCCCCGACGAGUGCACAACCUACAUCCACAACGAGCGGAGCCGCAGGGGCAACCACCACCGCUUCAUCACUGAGAAGAGGGUCUUUGCCAGCUGGGCCAACCUCUACAACAUCACCUUCUCCCACCCCACCUGGACCUAGGGGCUGCCCCAUGCCUGCUGGGCACACCCCUGCAGCUGGGAUGGAUGGGGGCUGCCCUGCAUCCCCCUGGGAGCGGUGGGAUCCUGGCAUCAGGUGCCACCAGCUGCCUCCCACAGGACCGCUGCUGUUGUGCGUGGUGGCUCCUUGCACCUGGGAUGUGUUGGGUUUUGAGCUGGUAUUUGGGGACCAGGUGUUGAAUGUAAGAUACGGGGUGUCCCCCCUCCAUGUGCGGGAUACUUGGCCAUGGUAUCCUGCCCCAUCCUGGUUCAUGCACAUUGCAGCCCCUGUGAGGCUAUAGGGGGUUCCAGGACUCCUCGGCUCAGUUUUGGUUUGCACCACUUCUGGGGUCACCACAGAGACUCUUCCCCCCAACAGUCUGGGUGAGGAGAUCCCCUUUUGGAGCUCAGCCCCCCCAGCCCCUCAUCCCAGUCCUCAGUUGUCCUCCCCACAGCAGAACCCCACAGUUUUUGGUGGGACCCCAUGGGGGUGACAUUACCACCCUCCCUGUCCCAGCACCCCAAAAACACCAGCCCCUCCCAGCACCACUGCGCCCCACACUGCCAAAGCCUUUUCUAACUGAAAGAUGGGAUUUUUGGGAGCUUUUUGGGGGUUUUGGCUUUUUUUUGUCCCUGCUUCUAAUCCUGGGGUUUCUACUUAGGUUUCCUGGACGAAGGAGUGAGCAGGGGCUGCUUAUUAUUGGAAACAAAGGGCAGUAAAUAAACAAUUUAGAAGUGGGCAGGUAGUGGGGGCAGUGGUGCCUCUUGGCACCCUGUGGCUGGGACAGGACCUUGUUACUAAUUUCUCAGCAGCAGAGAAGUUGAUCUGGGGAAAGCACCUAAAUAUGGUGUGUUUGGGUGCUGAGCCUUGGCAGGAAUCCAUUCCUCAGUUUCCCUCUGGCUGUGGCUGGGGUUUUGAGGGGCUUGGUGCUGGGGGAAGCAGUGGGACAUCCAUGUUUUGUAAUUGUUUGUACAGGAAUAAAUAUUGCUGCAGUCUGUUACCUUGA